AUGGCCCUCUAUGGCACCUCUGAUGCAUUGAUGUGCCGGGAAUUUCCAACCACUCUGAGGGGGCUGGCACGAACAUGGUUCAGCCAGCUACGCCAAUCCUUAGUCUCAUCCUUCGACCAACUUGCCGGGGAGUUCGAGCAAAACUUCCUCACCAGCGCAUCACCCAGGGCUUCCAUGACCACCCUGCUCGUGCUAUACCAGUGCGAAGACGAGUUGCUCUCUCAGUUCGUGCCAUGUUUUGCCACCGAGAUUUGGGGUUUUUUGGAUGUUCACCCCUCUCUAAUCUUGCAGGCCUUUCUGAUGGGUUUGAAGCCUUCGAGGUUCUUCUGGUCGCUGAUUGAGAAGCGGCCAACGACCACCUCCGAAAUGCUUCAACGCGCCAACCAAUACAUCGUCGCCGAGGCAUUGGUGGCGGAAAGGCACAUGGAAGGCAAGAGGUCAAGGGCGGAACUGUCCCGAGGAACAACCUCAGUAGCCCCGGCAACACCCCACCGCGAGCUCGGCCGGCAAGAGUUAUUGCUCCCGAGGCCCCGGCCUCUCCCCUUGAAUACGUCCCACACCGAGAUCUUCCUCCAAAUUAAAGAGAUAGGUCUCUUGCAACAACCUCGUCCUAUGAAGGCCACUCACAAAGAUCGAUCUAAAUAUUGUAGGUUCCAUCGGGACUACGGUCAUGACACAGAGGACUAUCGUGACCUCCAGAAUCAAAUAGAGGCACUGAUCCGGAGAGGCCAACUCAGGCAUUACCUCAAAUCCUCGAAGGCGAUUCCACACCCCAAGGGACCCAUCGAGAGACAAAUCGACGUCAUCUUCGAGGUACUAGCGGCCGGUGGCAGUAGCUCUGCGACGAGAAAGGCCUACGCCCACAGCACUGUUGAGAAACAUCCCCGGCCCAAAGUGACCUAG